AGAGUCGUGUAACCAUUGGUUUUGCUCUAGGCUCUAACCAACUAAGCUAUUAUUUCUCUCUCUAUUGUCUCAUGUCUCUACCUUUCUCCAACUUCAAACCCUAAGAAAGAUCACACCGCAGGUCCGCAGGCGAUCCUCCACGGCUCAACCGUCCCACCGCCGUCCACGACCACUUUUCCACCACCGUCCACGACCACUCGUUGCCCAUCGCCGCCGCCCUCGGGUCCCCGGAGCCAAAGGUUCGUUCAUGUGAGGAAUUGUUUGUGCUGAGCUCAAUGGCUGCACAGGUUGAAGUUGAAGUCCUUGAGGAAAGGCUGAAGUCUUUUCUCUGUCAGUUGCAAGCAGAAUCCGGGAUUCUUGACCGGAUCAUAUAUAAAAACAAGAAUCAGCAUCGGAGAUGCUCCUAUUUUCAAUAUCUAUUAAAGGUAAGAAGGAAUCUAAAGCUUUUUCAUUCAAUUCACAUGGAGGAGCUUUUAGAUUCAUGUUUUAAUGUAUUCACUGGAAGAAAAGCCAAACAAAAGGCACAUCUUCUGGAAAGUUUGAAGAGGAGGAAAUGUGACAGUGGAAGAUUCAAUUUCAUGGAACGUCUUCAUGGGGCAGCACGCCUGCUUUCCGAGAUGGUUGAGCCGAUGCUGAAGGCAGCUACCGAAAUAUCUACUCUGCUUGCCCGUUCAUUUUUCAUGGGGUUCUCUGUAAUGAUUCUUGCUCUUCUUGCUCGCGUCAGAGUUUUGGUUCAGCAGAUGCUACUGGAUGUUAUUUCUGUGUUCAAUGAAGUCUCUUCCCAUGCUCAGAAGAAACAGUCCAUAAAAAUAACUCAAGAUGGAAUAGAGGUUUUCCGUGAGUAUCAUCCUACAAUGGAGGAGGAGGAAGUUCUGGUCUUGGAGGGUGUGUGGAAAACAGAUAAAUUUGUGUUGGUAGAAACAUCUGUUAAAAGCAAUAUAAAUCAAGGAGGAAGUUCAGAAACAGUACAAACUCUGGGAACAUCUGUGAAGUAUCGUAGUAUUGGCUCUUUUCUUGGAGAUGAUGAAUUUGAUUCUAAGAAAGCUGAUGUAAACAAAGAGGGUGAAGAUAGUCUCUCGAACUCCAAGAGGAACAGUCCUGAAUCACCACCACCAAUGUCCAACGAAUACAAAGACCAUCAUACCGAGCGAACUCAAAUGCCUUCAUCGCCUGAACAAGGCUCCGGAAACGUGUUAAAACCAAAUGAAAGUAUCCCGUUGGAAGACAGUUCGGUUGCUAGUUCAAUGACUUCCUCGAUUUCGAGCUCAUCUAAGCCUAAUUAUACGUCGAACAAGAGAGUUGCUUUCAUAGCUGUAAAGAAGACUGCUCCAUCGGUAUCAGAAGCACCAGCUGUAUCUCAAGCGAAUGAUAGUAGUAAAGGCAAGAGACAUGAUGAUGAAGACAGUUCUCUCUUCAGUCUUUUGACGGAGGAUGAAACAAGAGGCAGUAUUUUUUGAAAUAUGAAUGUAGGGUAGAUAGCCGAAUAGGAUCAAAUUGACCGUUGUAUCGCAAAACAAUGAUCAAGAAAAAGGUGUAUUUAACUAAAUCUUAGAUAGCUGAACAUAUAGAAGGACUAGCCUUCAUAUGCACGCGAUGCGUGCGUUAAUUUCAAAAUUUGUUAUUCUAUUAGAUACUCCAUUCGUAUUUUAUUUAUGACUAAACUUAAAUGUGAAAAAUUCAACA